AUGAUGAAAGCGUGGAGCUCACAGAGUCUCAGGAGUAUGAACAAACUCACGUUUGCGGUUUUCUUGUUGGCACUGGGAUUUCUUGUCUGUGAAGGGGUUAACCCAUGUUGCUCACAGCCAUGCCAGAACAGGGGUGUUUGCACACCACUGGCUUCAGAGAAAUAUGAGUGUGACUGCACACGCACCGGGUAUUAUGGACAAAACUGCACAACGCCUGAAUUUCUCACCUGGCUCAAAGUGUCUCUGAAGCCGUCACCCAACACAGUCCAUCAUAUCCUAACCCACUUCAAAGGUUUCUGGAAUAUCGUCAACAACAUCUCAUUCCUCAGGGAUUUCAUCAUGAGAUACGUACUGACAUCCCGUGCCCAUAUGAUUGAUAGUCCUCCUACUUAUAACGCGGAUUAUGAUUACAAGAGCUGGGAAGCCUACUCCAACCUUUCCUAUUACACACGGGCCCUCCCCCCUGUGCCCGACGAUUGCCCAACCCCUAUGGGAGUAGUAGGCAAAAAGGAGCUACCUGAUGUUAAAGUUCUUGCUGAGAAGCUCUUAGUGAGAAGACAGUUUAUACCAGACCCACAGGGCACCAGCUUGAUGUUUGCAUUCUUUGCGCAACACUUCACACAUCAGUUCUUCAAGUCUGACAUGAAGAGAGGACCUGCUUUCACUGCUGCCAAAGGUCAUGGGGUGGACCUCAGCCACAUUUAUGGUGACAACCUGGAGAAGCAGCACAAGCUCAGACUCUUCAAGGAUGGCAAGCUUAAAUAUCAGAUCCUCGAUGGAGAGAUGUACCCUCCGACAGUUAAGGAAGUGGGUGUUGAAAUGCAUUACCCUCCUCACGUCCCAGACGCUCUCCGCUUCGCUGUUGGCCAUGAGGCAUUCGGCCUGGUUCCCGGUCUGAUGAUGUAUGCUACCAUCUGGCUUCGUGAACACAACCGUGUGUGUGAUGUAUUGAAAGAAGUUCACCCUUACUGGGAUGAUGAAAGACUCUUCCAGACUGCACGUCUUAUCCUAAUUGGUGAGACCAUCAAAAUUGUGAUUGAGGACUACGUGCAGCACCUGAGUGGGUAUAACUUCAAACUCAAGUUUGACCCUGAGCUGCUCUUUAACCAGCGCUUCCAGUACCAGAACCGUAUUGCGUCUGAGUUCAACACCCUGUACCACUGGCACCCUCUGAUGCCUGAUAGCUUCCACAUUGAGGAGACAGAUUACAACUACAAACAGUUUGUCUUCAACACCUCGGUAGUGACCGAGCAUGGCAUCAACAACUUGGUGGAGUCAUUUACCAAGCAGAUUGCAGGACGGGUUGCUGGUGGUCGAAAUGUCCCAGGAGCCAUCUUGUAUGUGGCCAUUAAGUCCAUAGAGAACAGCAGACAAAUGCGUUAUCAGUCCCUCAAUGCCUACAGGAAACGAUUCUCCAUGAAGCCCUACACCUCGUUCGAAGACCUGACAGGAGAGAAAGAAAUGGCUGCACUGCUGGAGGAAAUGUAUGGGGAUGUUGAUGCUGUGGAGCUCUACCCAGGCCUGCUAGUGGAGAAACCCAGACCUAAUGGUAUUUUUGGGGAAACAAUGGUGGAGAUGGGGGCUCCUUUCUCCCUUAAGGGCUUAAUGGGAAAUCCCAUCUGCUCCCCGGAGUACUGGAAGCCCAGCACCUUUGGAGGCACAGUUGGCUUUGACAUCAUUAACACCGCCUCCCUACAGAAGCUGGUCUGCAAUAACGUGCGGGGUCCCUGUCCUAUGGCGUCCUUUCACGUGCCUGAUGUUAAAGAGACCGGGCCCAUGAUCAUCAACUCAAGCACGUCACACUCGCGUGGCAGCGACAUCAACCCUACCGUUAUUUUAAAAGAAAGGACUACUGAACUUUAAUUUUAUGGGUUUUUUAAAGGCUAUAUUUAUGUAUUUAUUUUUAUAUUUAUUUUUUGUAUUUAUACCGACAAAAUAACAUUUAAAUUUUAUAUGGAUAUUUUUUACUGUCUUAAAAUGAAAGUUAGUAAUUAUUUAUAUUUAUUGAACGAGCCACAGUCAGUCACUGCGACCUAAUACUUGAAUGUUAGUUUACAGUUUAAACAACACACUGAUUUAUGUAUCUAAAUGUUUCCUUAAUUUACCUGCUGCCCCUACAUUUAUGUUCCUACAGCUAAAUCCCACUAAUAAGCAGUGACCUGCAGAGUUUUAAAGAGCAGUCCCCCACUACAGCAGUGAUGUUCACAAACAACUGAUUGUGACUUUUUUUUAUCAGUGUCUUCACCUUCCAGUAUUGUUUUACUAAGUUUUAAAAAUCUGAGUAUUGACUAAUGUAUUAUCAGAUGAGACAUUUUUUUGUUUGUUUGUUUGUUUGUUUUUUUUAGAAGUGAAUUUAAUAUUCUGUCACUUGAUUGAAUUGGCUUAUGUGCCCAUGGACUUCAGAGUACUGAACUGAAUAAAUAUUGAAAGCCAUUCUUCAGAAAUCAA